AUGCGGAUGUAUCCUGGAUAUAUCCUGCAUGAGAAUCAUGUUGCCAGCUUCCUGGGCUUACAAAUCACUGUUCUGCGGGGGCUAUAUCAAUUCAAGGUUCAGCAUUUACAUGGCCAAGGGCCCAAUACCCGCACACGCAAAACUCUGGAUACGGUCGAGGAACGUCUUACCCUUAGCCAUGCCAAAUAUGCAAGUGCUCGUGAGGCACUCAUCUCCUUGGCUCAUCACCUUGAUCGGAUAGGAUGGGAGCAUAAACUCCAGCCUUUGAAAAAGGCACACCUCAGACCAAUCGGGGACUUCGGUCAACAGACGCAAGGCACGACUAUAAUGUCGUGGAUUUGGUUGACUCAAGGAAUAUCUUCUGAUGACACCGAGGGAAUGCAGGAGUUGGUAGCGCUUCGCGUCGAGUGGUGUAAAGCCCGAGCACGUCAUAAUAGAUGGUCGGAGGAGAUCCAGCUUUUAUUAGAAGAAAUGUGA